AUGGCUGCGGUGGCGACCAACGAUUUUGCGGCGCGCCUCGGAGCUUUCCAGGCUCAAGACGAUCAACGCAUGCAAUGGCUGCGGUUCAGACGCGAGUACUACGCACGACGGGACGGCGGCCAGGGCGCGGCGCGCGAUCUCCAGGCGGCGCUGAGGCAGUACAUCGGGCAGACGAUGCCAGAGCUGUCGGGGCUGCCGAUCGUGCUCAAGGCUUUCGCCAACGCCGACGGGCUCGCGGACACGCUGGUGCGCACAAAGAUGACGCGGUCGUGGAGGGACCUGUGGGAUUUUGCCAUGAGCUUUUCGCAGGCAUGUGAGACGUUUGAUUUUGUCCUUGUCGGCAGUGGCAAGGACAGGGCGGAUGAGAAGAUCAAGGAGCUGUUGAGGCUGUUCCACAAGAAUCCGACGUGCCGUCACGUCAUUUUUGGCGCAUGCCAUGAUAACGGCUACGUUCGCGAACUGGAGAAGCGCUUCCCCUCGCCAGAAGCCAGGGACCGUCUGACACUGCUCGAGUCGUUCCAGGUCGGACGGGAGUAUCGGUCCCUCGGCGUCAGCAAGACCGUCAGGAUGGAGAGUAUUUUCCGCACCGACUUUGUGUCGGGGCCCGUCUCCCCGCUGCUCUCCUCGUCGACAACGGCGAUCAGCCGAAGCCCGACGGCCAGCAGCGGCGGCGUCUCUUCCGAGGGCCACGCCACGCACCAGGCAUCCACGUGGGCUCGAGCAGCAGCGCCGUCUCCGUCUGACGAGGGCGCUGCCCAGCACGGCGGCACUGGCCACACGCUGCUGUCGACCGCGACGGCGCGCAGGUUCCUCGACUUGGAGAGCGGCGCCAUUCUCGUGAAUGCGCAGGGCCAGCGUGUCGAUGCAGAGCUGCCGGCUCUGGCGCCGGGCGCCGCGGCGAGCUGGAACCGCAAGACGAACGAGGGCGGCAUGCGGUUCUGCCGCACAUUCCAGUUGUCGGGCAGGUGCGCCAACAAGGUGGCGUGCGGAUACAGCCAUGCGACGCUGCCGGAGGGGGAGAGGAUGGUGUACCGAUCGAUGAUGCGGCGUCAGAAGUGUCACGUCGGACCGGGCUGCCGGGACCGGACGUGCUGUUACGGACACCACUGCUCGUGUGAGGGCACCAAGUGCAAGUUUCCUGGAGCGCAGCACAGGAUCGACGUUUCUUCGGCUGUGCGCUACACGGCGGCUACGUAA